AUGUCAGAAAACACAAAUCGCGGAGAAACACGCGGGGCGCUCAUUGUCGUCGAGGGCUUGGAUCGAGCUGGAAAAUCAAGCCAGUGUGAGCACCUGCGCGACUAUCUGCAAGAGUCAGGCCACUUAGUAAAAUAUGUUCGGUUUCCAGACCGCACCACGGCCAUUGGCAAACUAAUUGAUAGCUAUUUACGUGGUCAGUCACAGUUGGAUGACCACUCAAUUCAUCUCCUCUUCUCUGCCAACCGUUGGGAGAUUGCCAAGGAUAUUAAAGCAGACAUAGCCAAAGGGAUCACCGUGAUUGUGGACCGUUACUCAUACUCCGGUGCCGUGUACUCUGCCGCAAAAGGAAUUCCAACUUUGUCUCUUGAGGCCGCAAAGCGGGGCGGGUUUGGCGUGGAGCGGUAUGAGAACGAAACCAUGCAGAGCCGUGUGCGCGAACUCUUCCAGACUUUAUUUGACCUGCAACCCCAUGGCGACAUCCACGUUGUAGAUGCAGGAAGAUCAUUUCAAGAAGUAUCAGAAGAGAUUUGGAGCAAAGCAACUGACUGCAUAGCGCGCGUUGGGAUUAUUGGGCCUUUGCGGAAGUUUGACUCGAUUGCAGCUUGA